GUUGCGCGAGGCGCUGGCCGUAGCGAGCCUAGCCGUGCCCCGCCCAGAUGCGGGCACGGCCGCAAACGCCCUUACGCGGCGUCCUGAGUUUUACACGGGGCCUGCGGCGCCCCCGAGCGCGGUCCCCGGCGCGGCCGCCUGGACACGCGGGGAAGCAGUAAAACCACGAGCGGAAACGUCCUUCCAGCGCGACGGUGGCUCGAGCCGGGACUUCGCAUCUUGUCAGCUCCCCGCAGCGGGUAGUCCGUAGUCGCCAGGGUCUCGAGCCGCUCCUCUUGGAAACUGCCAGCUCUUAGUAGUACUCGCUUGUGUUUUGACUACAGAAAAACAAUAGAGUUUUUUUUUCUGUUGCAAAGAACUGAGAAAAGUCGGACCAGGUUUGGCUGACAGCUUCACAUCCACUUAUCUCUCUUUUGUACUUUAUGGAAGAUCAUGGAAUAAUUGAAGCCUGAAAAAUAUAUAAUAUAGGAAAAAACACAGGAGUUUUAUUACCUUUACAUUGGUAUUAUUGGUGUGUUUCUGAGCUACAGUGAUUGGUAUUUCUCACCAGUGCAAUAAAUGAACACGUGCCGUGAAGUAUAAGAGGAAGCAUUACUAGGAAACAGAGUAGUGUGGAUUUGUAUAUGUGCUGUACUCUUUCUGCUGACAAGCUAUUCACUUUGCACAGUAGUGAGCUGCUCAAAAAAAACUGUACCUAGGGUUUGGGGGGGGGGGUUCUCUUUUAUUUUGCCUUGUGAGCGUGAGUGAAGAUGGCAAAGCAUGUAUCAAAGAAGAGGAAAAUUAAGGAAGAAAAUAAUAGAUUUCCAGAACAUUGGGAAGUGGAUUAUACUGAACAGCUAUCAAGUGCUGCAGCUUCUUAUGCAGUAACUUUGCAGUUAGCCAAAGCAAAGAAACCAUACAGUGAUGGGGAUCUAGUGAAAAAAUGUGCAAUUGAAAUGGCCAGGGCAUUUGGGGAUGAGAACAUGGUGAAAAACUUUGAAACAGUUUCACUCUCUCAUCAGACAGUAGCCCAAAGAAUUGAAGAUAUGAGCAAUCAGGUAUGUGAAAAGUUAUUAUACAAUGUCAAAAAGUGUCGCUAUUUUUCCUUAUCGUUAGCAGAGAUUACUGACCAAACUGAGACAAGUCAGCUUCUCAUAUUUAUCAGAACUGUGGAGGAAGAUUUCUCAGUGAAGGAGGAGUUGCUGUCUCUUGUCUCAUUACAUGACACUACAAAGGGAAUAGAUAUAUUUGAAGCUCUUCAGAACAGCGUGAGUGAAUAUGGUGGUUUUGAGAAAUGUACCUGUAUUGCCACAGAUGGUGGUAGGACUGUUAUUGGUUCUGAAUUUGGAUUAUCAGAUCUUCUGAAGAAGUCUGGUGUUACAUGCCCCAUGAUUCACUGUGUGAUUCACCAAGAAUCUUUGUGUGGGAAAUGGGUGAAACAAGCUGAAGCUAUGAAAGUUGUUGUGAAGGUUACCAGUCUUAUUUGUGGUGGAAAUAAAUCUUUGUUACACAGUAAAUUCCACUCAUUUUUGGAAGAAAUGCAAUUGGUGUAUGGAGAUUUACCUCUGGAUUCCGAAAUUCGUUGGCUAAGUGCUGGUAAGGUUCUCAUAAAGUUCUUUGCUCUCAGAAAAGAAAUUCCAGUGUUCCUAAAAGAACAAGUGAAAACUGACACCACAGAGCUUGAAGAAAGAUUUUUGUCUCCCCAGUUUCUGGCCGAAUUAGCCUUUUUGACAGAUACUACCACUCACUUAAAUGAAUUAAAUUUAAAGUUGCAGAGUAAGAAUAACACAAUAUCAGACCUCUUUGGAUGUGUGAAUGGGUUUCGAAGAAAGCUAAAACUGUUCAAGGUUGGUCUUGAAAAGGGUGAUCUUAUACAUUUCCCAUCUUGCAAAGAACUGGAGAAAGAAAUGGAAAAUUUUGAAGGUGUAAACUUUUUGGAAUUCUCAUCCAAUGUAGAUGCUAUGGUGAAAGAAUUUGACAAUCGCUUUACUGAACUGGAGUUACUGAAAAACACACUGAUGCUUUUCAACAACCCGCUUGGAUCUGUGCUUGAAAAUCAGUCUUCCAACAUACAGCUUGAACUGUGUGAUCUACAAGCUGACCCAUUCUUAGCUGGGAGACGAGAAAUAGGCCAGGACUUCUUUAAGCUUAUACCAGAGAAUCGCUUUCCACAUUUAAGGGAUCUUGGUUUAAAGAUUGUAUCAAUGUUCGGCAGUACGUAUCUAUGCGAAAGUGCCUUUUUUACAAUGAAGUCUAUAAAAUCUCAGUAUCCAUGUUCGCUUACAGAUGAGGCCCUCACUCGCUCACUUCGACUGGCCUUAACUGAGGAGUCAGUUGAUAUAGGUCCUCUUGUGCAGAAGAUGGAGGAUCCACAGUUUUCACAUUGAAAAGUUAACUUUUUUUUUUUUUUUACUGUGUUACUUGUAGGCAAAUGUUUCAGUGUCAUUUAAAUAUGUAGAUGUUUUGCUUAUGUCCUGCCUUUGUACUACAAGUGUGUGUGUAUAUAGUAUUAAGAAUUACUUCCAUUUCAUCCACUCAGAAAAAGUGUAGCCCAAAAGAAAGAUGUAAAGAGAAAUGCUAACCCCCAGUUGAACAUCCCUGCCAAAAGCCAUGUAGCAAUUUCACAAGUACAGUAAGAGCUGAGUUAUUUGGCACCUUAUAAGCCAGCAAACUCUGUUAACCGGCAUGCCGGCUUGUAAGGGAACUGUGGCACUUCUGGUUUCACGGAGGGCUCAUGGCCUAGGGGAAACCAGCCUGUGCUACCAAGCACACGUGGCCCGGGGCAUAGCAGCCUGCACAGGUCCCCCCCCUCCCUGUCCCUUGGGGCCCACGGGAGGGGUGGCAACACCCAAGACGCAGCGGCCUGAACAGGCAGACACCAGUUUGAGCCGCUCAGUUAACUGGCAUAUUUUGUUAUCCAGCACCCUCCAUUCCCUGUGGCUGCCGGAUAACAAAGCUUUUACUGUACUUGAAUUGUUGCAGUUUCAUUAGAAAAAAAGAUCCAGGGACAGAGCAAGAUGUAUGUACUUUUACUUAAAGUAGCCAGUCUAAUUCCACUCUUUACUUUAAAUUAGAUAAAUCUUAGAUCACCUCUAUAAUGAGUCACUGAUUUAAAAUUAACCUAAGUCCAUAAGACCAAGCAUACUGCUAAUGACAAACAUAAUUAACGUAAUUAUGAUGGUACAUGUCAGUGACUGAAUUGUCCUUGAUAUUUGUCCCAUGGGCUAUGACAGGUAGAUAGAAGCCAUUUUCACCUCUGCUACAAAUGAAAGACCAGCUCUAUUGGAAAACAAAAGGUCCUGGAAAAAAUAAAAUGUCAUCCCCAAACUCUUCAGUAUACUCUAGACCCAGGCCUGUAGUCAUUGUGUAUAUAAGGACUUGCAUUGAAAUCAGUGGGACUAUCCAAAAAAGGUUUGUCCAGUCAGGUUUCCUUGAGUAUAAAUUUUUCAGAGGGAGGAUAAAAAAACUGUUGAAAUAAGUGAUAGAAUGGAGACAUGAAUUAAUGCCACAUAUGAAACUGUAGUAAGCUUCUAUUAAAAGCCUUUUAAAAUGUUGA